AUGGCUGUGGUCGCUGAGGUUUGUCCGAGCCCUCAACUUUCCUCCCUCACUUUACCUGCCAGAAGUCAUAGGUCCCCUCUGCCUUGCCCAACUCUAGCAAAGUUCCCCCUCUCCCUUUACCUGUCAGAAGGUGUGGCAGAGGUCCUCCGGUCAGACCUGGGUCAGAUUACCCCUCUCCCUCUACCUGUCAGAGGGUGUGCUUCACCUUCUUGUAUGCCUGUCCCAGCCACAGUAAUGGAGUGUCGCCUGGUCUGGCCUGGGUCAGGUUCCCCCUCCCUCUUUACCUGUCAGAAGGAACUAAGGCUCAGUUUUUCCCUUGCUCACACAGUGGACCUGGUCACCAGCUCUCUAAUCCAGCAAGUCCUGCUUUGGAGGUCCCAGGAAGUGAGAAACAGUUCCCUGUCUAUGUCGCAUCUUCUCCAGGCCCUCCAGGACUUGUUUCAACAAGUCCAGAUGGAGAGACCAGGAAUUGUGCACCCCAGAGCUUCAGAACUCACACUGAGCCUUCUUAUGUCCAUGUAUGAUAGCACAGGAAGAGAUUUCCUAAAGCUCAUCCCUGCUACUGCUGCCAUGAUAGCUCUCUCUGGAGAUAGCCCACUCACAAAAUACAGAGCUCUUUUUCAGCUUUAUACAGAAAAUAAUAGGGGAGGGGAAGAGUUUGGCAACUGCAUGACUUGAAGUGUUUUUAAAAACCUACUAACAGAUCUACAACAGGUCCCAACUGUUGUAGGGGAGAGUCAUGCUCUGUGCUCUGUGGAAAGUGCCGCCCACAGCUAUUUCCAAGGGGUGUUGAGUCCAGCAAUCAAAGAGGAGAAAUUUCUCACUUGGUUGGAGUCAGAGCCCCUCAUUCUUCUGUGGAUCCCAACCUGUUACCGACUCUCAGCCACAAAAAUAGCCACUCACCCUAUCAGAUGUAGAAUCUGCAACGAUUUUCCUAUCACAGGAGUGAGAUAUCGCUGUGUGAAGUGCCUCAACUUUGACAUUUGUCAGACCUGUUUCCUCUCUGGUCCUCACAACAAACACCACCAGAAGUCUCACCCUGUGAUUGAGCACUGUGUCCAGAUGUCAGCAAGGGAUAACACAAAACUGCUCUUCAUCUCUUUCAGAAACAAACUGCUUCAAGGACAGUAUAAGACAGAAGCUGCUAGAAGAUGGUGGCUGAUAGACCCAGCAAGUCCUGUCUCUGUUCCAGCUCACAGCAAAGCCAGACUCCUUAAAAAGCAGUUAGACCGAUGCAAAAACAAGAUGCAAAAAAUAUGUAACUUUCAAGAAGAAACAAGCUACAGAUUUGAAAAGAGGAUUCAUGAACUUAAAACCAACCAGGACAGUCUAUGGAUGAAACUAAAGAGGAUGUGACAGGAUCUACAGGUAACAUUACAGUCACCACAUUGCUCCUCUUCCUGUCGAAGUAUGGUUCCCAAAGGUGCUGAUGCAAAGGGUGAAAGACUUUUGAGAGGAGAUUAUUCCCAAAUUAUGGGCUCACAGGAUAGUUCAGAACAGAAAUCUCUUCCUUAUCCCAUCCCUAUUAACCAAAAUCAAGCCAAUGAUGAGUCUGCGCUACCAAAUGAAGAGUUCCCACAAGUUACUUUAGAGUCAAGGUCAACACAGACUGGCAAAGUGAAAAACCAAGAAGAAAAUACUUGGAAGGAAGCCAUGCGUGUCCUACCAAGUUCUCAUGAAAAACUACCACAGAACAUGCCUCAUAUUUCUCUUGAGGACAUGAGUAAUACUCCUGCCCUGACAGCUGCUGAAAGAAAGGAAACAAUUCAUAACCAAGACAGCCAAGAUGAGUUGGAAGAGGAAGAAUUUCAUCAACUGCUAUUAAGACUUAUGGAUGCCUUCACUCUAGAUAUGCCAUCAGAUAAGUUUUUCAAAAUCAGUCUGGAGUCUUCCAUAAAUGUGGACCUCUACCUUGGAGCUGUGCGGGUGUGCAGGGCCUUCUCUAGGCUUAUGGAUCAAAUAACUUGGCCCAACUGGAAGUGAAAAGGAAACUAGAAAUCCAAAGGGUCCUUGUGGCAAUAUGGAAGAAUAUUUUCAUCAUUUUACUGAAAACAAAAACAAAAAAACUGAAGCCUUCUAUUCAACCUCUCAAUUGUCUAGUCUAAAACAUGAAAAAAAG